AUGGAGUUGGGGCCAGAGAGGAAGGACGACGAGGGUGCAGCUGCACGGGCGUCGCCAUCGUCGUCGUCCCCGAGCUGCGAGGCCGACGACGACAAGGAUCUGCCGAAGCAGCAGCAGCGGGCCAUCGGCGGCGGCGGCGACGACGACGACGACGACGACGAGGGAACAAGGCAGCCGUACAAGUGCACUUUCUGCAGGAGGGGUUUCCCGACGGCGCAGGCGCUCGGCGGCCACAUGAACGUCCACCGUCGGCACAGGGGCAGACCAGCAGCAGUGUCCGCCGGCGCCGCAGCGGGAAGCAGCGCCGCCAGUGUCUACGACUACGACCAGCAGCCGUGCUCGACGAUGACGACGUUAACGACGCCCGUUCUGGCGUUCGCCCGACAGGCUUCGACUCGGCCGGCGGCUGGCGGUGUGGCCGCGUUGCACGCCCAACAGAAGCCGCACGAGCUGCUGCCUCUGUUCGGCCGCGGUGACUGCUGCGCUGCCGGCCGUGGCAGUGGCGCGGCCGCCGGAGAUGUACGAGAAGAUCGCUACUUCGCCAUCGCCGAGGAGGGGGGUGGAGGGGAGGAGCUGGACUUGGAGCUCAGGCUUGGAGGUGCAGGAUCAUGA